UAGGAGAGUCUUUCCUCAGUGAUGGUGAUGUACUGUAUAUGUGCACAUAUUGCUACAAGUCUUCCAUGCCCCAAGGGGAAACUUCUUAAAACAAGUGGUGCAGAGUCACCCUCCCCAGGGUGGAUGUAAGGGGUUAAUAGGAGUGAGAGACACAGGACAGAUCAGUCUUCAUUCACCAUGGAUAGAUAAACCCUGUCUUCCCUCCUGUGGAUUAGAAUGUCAUGGAUCUGUGUGUUUAAAUCUCCAUCCACUGCAGCCUGUGGAGUGAAGCCAUCUGAGGAUAUCAGCAAUAGUCCAGCUCUGGGAGAGUGCAUCUGAUCUGCUGGGAUCUGAGGGCUGUUAUUUUUUUUCUCCUUUUUUCACAUUGUUAAAAUCAUUGCGUGGGAUCUAACGGGACCCUGGCCAUGGAAAGGUGUGAUGGGUGUGUGUUGUUUAGCCUGCUGGAAAUGCUUUGUUCCUGGCUGAUAGGAGUAUGAAGCCUGCAGGAUGGGAGCGAACAGUGGCAAAUACGGCAGUGAGGGCAAAGGCAGCUCAAGCAUCUCAUCCGACGUGAGUUCAAGUACAGAUCACACUCCAACUAAAGCCUUGAAAAAUGUGGCUACCAGCGAAGACUCCGACUUGAGCAUGCGAACACUCAGCACACCAAGCCCAGCACUAAUAUGUCCACAAAACAUACAUGGCUUUCAGAACGGCAGAGGAUCCUCCACCUCAUCUUCCUCUAUUACCGGCGAGACUGUGGCAAUAGUUCAUUCACCGCCUCCAACUCGUCUGACCCAUCCUCUUAUUCGUGUUGCUUCAAAGCACCUGAAAGAACAAGCAAACAUCGACAGAUUGCCUGACCAAUGUAUUAUUCAAGUUUUCUCUUAUCUGCCCACUAACCAGCUCUGCCGUUGUGCCAGAGUGUGUCGGCGCUGGUAUAAUCUAGCUUGGGAUCCAAGGCUAUGGAGGACUAUUAGACUGACCGGGGAAACAAUAAAUGUUGACAGAGCCUUGAAGGUUCUAACCCGCAGACUGUGUCAAGAUACACCCAACGUCUGUCUCAUGUUGGAGACAGUAAUUGUUAGUGGCUGCAGGCGGCUCACAGAUAGAGGACUUUAUACCAUCGCUCAGUGCUGCCCAGAAUUGAGAAGGCUUGAGGUUUCCAGUUGUUACAACAUAUCUAAUGAAGCAGUAUUUGACGUGGUAUCAUUGUGCCCAAAUUUGGAGCAUCUAGAUGUAUCAGGAUGUUCUAAAGUGACUUGUAUUAGUUUGACCAGGGAGGCUUCAAUCAAGUUGUCUCCAAUGCAUGGCAAACAGAUCUCGAUUCGUUAUUUGGACAUGACAGAUUGCUUUGUAUUAGAGGAUGAAGGUCUACACACCAUAGCAGCACACUGCACGCAAUUAACCCAUUUAUAUCUGCGCCGCUGUAUCCGCAUUACUGACGAAGGCCUCAGAUACAUCAUGAUCUAUUGUACAUCCAUCAAGGAACUGAGUGUGAGUGACUGCCGCUUUGUAAGUGACUUUGGAAUGCGGGAGAUUGCUAAAUUGGAGUCCCGUCUGCGAUACCUAAGCAUAGCCCACUGUGGUAGGAUUACAGACGUGGGUAUCCGUUAUAUUGCCAAGUACUGCAGCAAGCUGCGCUACCUCAAUGCACGAGGAUGUGAAGGCAUCACAGACCAUGGGGUGGAAUAUCUAGCAAAAAAUUGCACAAAACUCAAAUCUUUGGAUAUUGGGAAGUGCCCAUUAGUGUCUGACAUUGGCUUAGAGUUCUUAGCUUUGAACUGCUUUAACUUAAAGCGCUUGAGUCUGAAGUCUUGUGAGAGCAUUACAGGUCAGGGACUACAGAUUGUUGCCGCCAACUGCUUUGAUCUACAGAUGCUCAACGUACAGGAUUGUGAAGUCUCGGUAGAGGCUCUUCGGUUCGUCAAACGCCAUUGCAAGCGUUGUAUCAUUGAACAUACAAAUCCAGCAUUUUUCUGAGUGAACAUGUAUUGCACUCAGGAUAGUUAUCUUAACAUUUGUGUGCCAAAAGAGCUUGCAGAACAAUGCAAGCCAACAUGUUUAUCCCUCUGGUACCCAAAUGACUAAUUAUCAAGACGAGAAAAGAAAAAAAAUUACAUACACAUGCGGCAAUUUAUCCUUAUGUGAUUCAGCUUUUUGUAUGGUCUGGUUAGCAAACGUCUUUUUUUAUAAAUAUUUUUUUGUCUACAAUUUAAAUAUUUAGCUACAGAAGGUGUAUAAUGAACUUGCAUUAUUUCAUUAAUGCAUAAAAUGUGUGUAUGCCAUAUAUAAAAAUAUAUAUUAAACUAAACAAGUGUUUUUUUUCAUACUCUGAAUGUCAUUACACCACAGGAAAAAGGAUAUUGCUAAUCAAGGUGAAUGUUGUGAGACCAGAAGAAUUAAGAAUAAAAUCUGUUUCUGUCUUUCAUGUUAUGAGUGAAAGAAAGCAUGCUGAUGGGGCGUGAAAGCGGACAUGAUUAACAGAAUUAAAUAAGUAUAAUAAGUAUAAUAAUAAUUGUACCAAUUAUCUGGUUAUAUCUUAAAAACAAGGCAUUCUGAGCAGCAUGACUAUCAAAGCUUGUUAGUGAUAGAUAUGCUGCAAAGAG